AUGACAAACAAUGGUGUUACAGUGGCAGUUGCUGCACCAAAUCGAACUGUUGUACCACAAGUAGAUAAACCGGGUAAAUUCACAUGUGUGAAUUUCAAAGGAUGGCAGCAACGGGUAUUUUUCUGGCUUUCCGCUCUUGGUUUGCAGAAAUUUACCAGUGAAGAAACUCCAUUGCCUGCUGAUGAUAUGCCAGACAGAGAAAAACUCAUGACAAGUGAAGCAUGGAAACAGUUGGAAAUCCCAAGGAGUGAUUUCUUGACUCAUGUGCCACUCGACAUAUUUGCUCUGCAAAAGAAGCCUUUGCAACAUACACUCCUGCUAAGUAUGAUGAAGAUUUGUUCAUGGGAAACACAGCAAAAGCAAGUGCAAAUUGGAGGUGAAGGAUCUGGAAAUAGUUCUCGCAAGACAAAAAUAGUUGCAAUAGCUGCUGGGGUUACAGUUGGUAUAGCUCUUGUGUUAUUUGGACUAACCCUUUGCAUCUUAUCAAAGAGAAGAAAACAUCAAAGUUCAAUCCGAACUAAAUCCGUGAACAGAGGCACUAGCGAACGAAGUCAAGAGCUUCUGAUGAAUGCAACUAUUAUUCCAUGUAAAAGAGAAUUUUCUGGUGAAACUUCCACGGAAGAGUUUGAAUUGCCAUUGUUUGAUUACAGUACCCUAGCUACGGCAACAGAAAAUUUUUCUGACGCAACUAAGUUGGGCCAAGGUGGAUUUGGUUGUGUUUACAAGGCAAUGCUGGUUGGUCAAGAAGUAGCAGUCAAAAGGCUCUCGAAGAAUUCCGGACAAGGAGUAGAGGAAUUUAAAAAUGAGCUAAGAUUGAUUGCCAGGCUUCAACACAGAAAUCUAGUCCGGCUUCUUGGCUGUUGUGUUGAUAUGGAAGAGAAGAUGCUGAUCUAUGAAUACCUGGAGAAUAAAAGUUUAGAUUCAAUUUUGUUCAAUAAACAGAAAAGCUCGCUGCUCGACUGGCAAAAGCGGUUCAAUAUUAUUUGUGGGAUUGCUCGGGGGCUUCUAUACCUUCAUCAAGAUUCAAGAUUUAGGAUUAUCCAUAGAGACCUUAAAGCAAGCAAUAUUCUGCUUGAUAAGGAUUUGACUCCCAAAAUAUCAGAUUUUGGCAUGGCAAGAAUUUUUGGCGGAGAUGAGACUGAAGGAAAUACAAAAAGAGUAGUUGGAACCUAUGGUUACAUGUCUCCGGAAUAUGCAAUGGAUGGCCUCUUCUCUGUUAAGUCCGAUGUUUUCAGCUUUGGGGUUUUGGUGUUAGAAAUAGUAACCGGAAAGAAGAAGAGGGGAUUCUAUUAUCAAAAUAACCAACUCAACCUUCUCACAGAUCAUAUGUUAUUGGCAAUACAUUCGUCAUUUGAUUCAAAUCUGAUAAAGAAAGUUGGACUGUUGUGUGUCCUGGAACAAGCAGAAGACAGACCAAACAUGGCCACUGUGGUUUUGAUGCUAGGUAGCGAAAGUGCAUCACUGCCUCAUCCUAAAAACCCAGGAUUUUGCCUUGGAAGAAGACCCGUUGAUUCUGAUUCAUAUUCAACUAAUUAUGAAGAAACUUGCACUGUCAAUCAAGUUAUAGUUACCAUGAUAGAUCCCCGGUAG